AUGGUGCGAGCAACAACUAGCGCAGCUCUGCCAGCUGUGGCCCUGCUCGCCUCCUCGCUAGCAUCGCUUAUCCCUGCAGCGAGUGCCGCCACCGUCGAGCACCACUGGAACAUCAACUGGAUUCCCGACGUCAACCCAGACGGUCUCUUGCCCAGGCACGUCAUCGGCGUCAACGGCACAUGGCCACCCCCCAUCAUCAACGUCAACGCCUCCGACACCCUCCGCGUCACGGCCACCAACAACCUCAACACCGGCGUCGGCACCUCCCUUCACUCCCAUGGCAUGUUCUUCAACCGCACAGGCUACUUUGAUGGCGCCGUCGCCAUCACCCAGUGCCCCAUCCCUCCCGGCGAGAGCUUCACCUACGAGACGCUCAACUCGCCUGCCUCCCCCGCCGACCGUCGCAAGCAGAUGGGCACCUUCUGGAUCCACGCCCACAACAACGAUCAGUACACCGACGGUCUGCGCUCGCCCGUCAUCAUCCACCCGGACGACCCGGCGGACAUGCACUUCAGCUACGACGACGACUACACCGUCAUCCUCGGCGACUGGUACCACUCCAACUACACCGACCUCGUCAAGAACGAAUUCAUGAACCGCAAGAACCCGACAGGUGCCGAGCCCGUGCCCAAGUCCGGCCUCAUCUACUUUGCCCACACGCCCAACACCACCACCGCUGCCACCUACCUCCCCGGCUUUAGCGAGAACGCCACCCUCCCCUUCGAGGCCGGCAAGACUUACCGUCUGCGUGUCAUCAACAUGUCCGCACUCGCCGCCUUCUACUUCUACCUCUCCGGUCACGACAUGCAGGUCAUCGAGAUUGAGGGUGUCGACGUCGAGCCCCGCCCCGUCGACUUCCUCUCCCUCGCCGUCGCCCAGCGCUUCAGCGUGCUCGUCAAGGCGCGCAACGACACCUCGCCUCAGAACUGGAAGCUCCAUGCCAACAUGGACGAGGACAUGUUCGACGUCGUCCCUGAAGACCUUCAGCUCAACGUCACCGCCACCAUCUCGUACCCGAACGCUCCCAAGGGCGAGUUUGGCCCCGAGAAGAUCAUCGAGGAGUACACUUACUUUGACGACCUCCAGUUCACACCCGUCAACGCCGAGCCCAUGGUCCAGCCCGACGCUACUCACCGCCUCGACGUCUCGUUCGACACCAUGUCCGACGGUGAAAACUACGCCGCCUUCAACAACAUCUCGUACGUGGCGCCCAAGGUGCCUGCGCUGUUCACGUCCGAGUCAAUGGGUGCUCUGGCCUCCAAUCCCGCCAUCUACGGCCCCAACGCCAACGCCUUUGUCUUCCAGCACAAUGACAUGAUCGAGGUGCAGCUCUUCAACUGGGACGCAGGCAAGCAUCCCUUCCACCUGCACGGCCACCAUUUCCAGGUGGUUCACAAGUCGCAGGACGUUACGUCGGACGACCCGACCAUCAACCCACCCUUCAACGCCUCGCAGGUCAACCCCAUGCGUCGCGACACGGUCGUAGUGCCUCCUGGUGGCUCGGCGUACCUCCGAUUCCGCGCUGACAACCCGGGUGCCUGGUUCUUCCACUGCCACAUCGACCCUCAUCUCGUGUCGGGCCUCGCCUCCAUCUUUAUCGAGGCGCCCGACGUGCUCUCCAACGACUACCUCAAUGUGCCCAGCUACAUCAAAAACCAGUGCCAGGCCCAGGGCAUCGCCACCACCGGCAACGCCGUCGGCCUCAACUCCACCACCGACUUCCAGGGUCUCAAGAAGGGCCCUACCUAUCUCGAGUCGGGCUGGACAGGGCGCGCGAUCGCUGCCUUUACCGGCUGCAUCGUCACUGGCCUGCUCGGUCUCGCCACCGUCGUCGUGUAUGGCUGGCACUCGGGCGAGGACGAGGACGUCGACGACGAUGAGGACGACAAGUGA